CUGCCACAGGCUUUGCCAGUCCGUACCUGUCAGUCCACCGCUCACAGUUCACUUUAGGCUCAGGUCAGAUACCCCCAGUCUUCCUUCACCUCGCCUCGCCGCCGCCGACUCGCUCCUUCACACGACCAUGAGGACCACCGCCGUUGCCAUGGUGAUGCUGUGCGUGAUGAUGGUGCACGCAGACGUGAAGCCGCAGAGAGAUUUCAACCUGCAGAAGUUUGCAGGUAAAUGGUACCGCGUGGGCCUCGCCUACGACUCCCCCAGAUUCGUCCCCUACAGAGACAAACUAAAGGCCUCCAUGGGCAUGAUCACGCCGCUGACAAACGGCAACGUCAACCUCACCAUGUGGGACGCCACACCUCUAGGUUGUGUCAGUAAGCUGUACCAGUACGAGAGGACCAGCGUGCCCGGACAGUUCACCUACUUCAGCACUCGUGAGUUUUAGUCGGUUUGAUCCU